AUGCUCAUCCUAUCCGAUGUGGACCGUUCUGCGAGCUCAGCCCGCAAGACACUGCACCUAACAAAGGUGCAGGCGACAGGCAACGACUUUCUCCUCCUCUCCGAUCCGGACGGUCACCAACCCCUCCAACCGCACCAAGUCGCCGCGCUGUGCGAUAGGCGUUUCGGUAUCGGUGCCGACGGCGUGAUUCGUGUCAUCCGCUCUAGACAUAUACUAGAAGGCGCGGCGAGUCUGGAACAAGACCCUACCGCCGAAUGGUUCAUGGACUACGUCAACGCCGAUGGAAGUAUCGCCGAGAUGUGCGGGAAUGGGGUACGCGCCUUUGUCCGGUACCUCAUCUACUCUGGUCUUAACCCAUUGAGGGUUGGCGAGAGGAUAGCGGUUGGGACACGAGCGGGGUUGCGAUGGGUCGAGCGACUGGAGGAGGGCUUUAGAAUCGACAUGGGAAAGUGGCGGAUGACAGGUCAUCAUCUAGUCAAGGCAGACGGGAUCCCCAUUAAAACGGGGUUGGGGAUCAACCUCGGUAACCCGCAUGUCGUCGUGUCCUUGAACGCGGACGAACUCGACGCCUUGAAGUUGGGAAACACGCCUAUCCUGGAUCCGCCAGCGAUUAAUGGCGCCAAUAUCGAGUUUGUCGUUACCGAGUCGGUUGAGGUCGGCCGCAUCCGGAUGCGCGUAAGCGAGCGUGGAGUCGGAGAGACGCUUAGUUGUGGGACUGGAUCUGUUGCUGCCGCUCUCGCUGCGCGGGAGUGGGCGGGCGGAGCGCCAGAUGCCUGGGAGGUGUGUAUUCCCGGUGGGAGCGUCCAGGUCGCAAUGACAGGAGGGAAGGAUGAGCGGGUCACUCUCACGGGCCCAGCCGAGGUCGUCUUCGAUGGCGAGUUUACGCUGCCGCGUGUGUGA